AUGAGGGAGGAGGUGGAUCGUCUGGCUGAGUGGUGCGACACAAACAACCUACUGCUUAACACUGAGAAGACCAAGGAGCUCAUCGUGGACUACAGGAGGAAUGCUGACCUACAUCCACCCAUCUACAUUAAGGGGACGGAAUGCAUGAGAGUACACGUUCGACUACCAAGAGAAGUUGGAAGAGGGGGGAACAAGAUUAUCUUUUCCAUGCUUAAGUUUGCUGAAACAGCCAGCAGCAUGGUUGGAACCUUCCAUGAAGUUUAUGAUCAACGACUGGUUGGCCUAAGUGUGCAGGGCAAGAAAAUAUCAGGACUACAAGAGCGCUUCAACAUCACCAUGAAUUUCACCACAACAAUAAAUGAAACCCAAGAGCCAUCCUGCCAGUUUUUAAAUUUCACAGCAAAGAAUUUCAGUAAGGAGGGCUGCCUUACCCUGUGGACACGUGGUCAGGGUAAUGUUACCUGUUCCUGUGACCACUUCACAUACUUUGCUGUGAUCAUGGUAUAUACUUCCAUCUCACUUAAAGACCAGAAGAUUUUAUCAUACAUUACUAUAACUGGCUGUAGUCUUUCACUUUGUGCCCUGGUCAUUGCUGUAUUGCUCUUCAUCACAAAUAGAAAACUCAGAGAAGAUAUCUCUAUGAAGGUCCACAUUAACCUUGUAAUUGCUCUGAUUCUCCUCAAUCUGCACUUCCUGCCCAGUCACAUGGUGGCAGCAGAGUCCACCACAUGGCUUUGUUUUUACAUGGCUCUUGCCCUUCACUACUCCCUGCUGGCUGCUUUCAGCUGGAUGGCCUUGGAGGGAUUCCACCUCUACCUUCUCUUUGUAAAAGUUUUUGACACCUAUGUCAGCAGAUACCUGCUCAAAGUCUGUGUGGUGGGAUGGGGUGUUCCUGCAGUCAUUGUGUCAUUGGUGGUGAUCAUAGACAGAGAGUUUUAUGGCUACAUCUCUAUCUCCCCUGAAACUGCAGUAUGCUUUAUAAACAAUCAAAUGGUGAAAAUGGUGACUACAACGGGACUGUUCCCCUUUGUGUUUCUCUUUAACAUGUUAAUGUUUGCAGUGACAGUCAAACGUGUUUUCUCUGUUGGACAAAAAAAAAAGCUUGGGCAGAUUAUCCAUACCAAAGUCAUCAAAAGUAUUUGUCGCCUGUUGGGAGUCGUCGCACUGCUUGGCCUUACCUGGGGCCUGGCUUUCUUCUCAUUUGGAGAGCUGACCACUCCUAGCCUCUACCUCUUCUGCAUCCUGAACUCAUUGCAAGGUUUCUUCAUCUUCCUGUGGUUUGUGAUGUCAGUGAGAAAGUCCCAAAACUCUGCUAAACAGACGAGCAUUGAAACACGUAGUAAAAGCAACUAGAUUAAACACAACUGGAAAAAUACCAAAAGGUGUGCUGGUGAAAUAUGCAACAUAGGGCUGAAAUCUGACAGUAACAAUUUUGUUUUACUUCUGGAUUUUAUAUGCACGGCAAUUUACCAUAACUGGCAGGAGCUGAUUCUAAAUGAUGAAAAUAAAUGUAAUAGUAUGAAGAUUUUGACAGUUCUGCUGCUUUAUUUGAAACUUUCUUGUUUAUAUAAAUCUUUGUGGAAAAGGGGUUAUCAUUCCAAAAUAAAGCUUAAAUAGGAUGACAACAUCCUAUUUAAACUUUUGAGAGUAAAAGUUGCCAUACUGAAGAGAAUCUAGAAUGACUAGAUUCCAGGUCCGACUGGAUUGUCAAGAGGACAAUCAUCGAUUAUUCAUAUUUUUCCCUUGAAGUCACCUGUCCUCUUUUUUUCGAUUGCACACAGAGCUGAUCUUGCUUUUAAAUGCAGUUCACCCUCCACUGGUUUAGUGCUUUGAGACAUUUUGAUAUAGUUAUGUUGAUUACACCAUUGUGAAUUUACGGCAUGUUUCCUUAUAAUCCAGCUUUGAGAUUAUUAGAAAUUGUGUUAGUUAUUUUAUGUUUUGAACUUUUCUGUGCCAGUUUGUACAUCUGAACAUGCUCAAUGCAUUGCUAACUCAUAAAAGCUACAGUGUCAGUGUGAAUAA